CUAUUCUAAUUGAAUGUAGCCGAAGGUCAAAGGUGUUAACAACAACAUGUCUGGACUUAGCAAGGUUUUGGCUAGAGAGAUCUUCGACAGUCGUGGAAACCCCACCAUUGAAGUAGACAUAACGACAAGCAAAGGAGUCUUCAGAGCAGCAGUACCUUCUGGAGCCAGUACUGGCAUAUAUGAAGCCUUGGAACUGAGAGACAAAGACCCAAAGAGAUUCCUAGGGAAGGGUGUCUUGAAAGCCAUUCAAAAUGUGAACACUGUUAUAGGGCCGGCAUUGAUUUCAAAAAACAUAGAUGUGACCAAUCAGAAAGAAGUUGACAAGAUAAUGCUUGAGUUGGAUGGAACAGAGAAUAAGACUAAUCUUGGUGCUAAUGCAAUCCUUGGUGUGUCACUAGCAGUCUGUAAAGCAGGGGCGGCUCAUAAAGGAGUCCCUCUCUACAGACAUAUUGCUGAUCUUGCUGGUAAUAAGGAUGUUGUGCUUCCAGUCCCAGCCCUUAAUGUUAUCAAUGGGGGAUCUCAUGCUGGAAAUAAGCUGGCCAUGCAGGAAUUUAUGAUAUUACCUACUGGUGCCAGCAGUUUUAGUGAAGCUAUGAGGAUUGGUGCUGAGGUUUAUCAUAAUCUGAAAGCUGUCAUUAAGAAGAGGUAUGGACAAGAUGCUACUAACGUUGGAGAUGAAGGAGGUUUUGCACCUAACAUACAGGAUAAUAGAGAGGGUUUGGAACUUCUAAAAGUUGCAAUAGCAAAUGCUGGGUACACUGACAAGGUUAAGAUUGGAAUGGAUACUGCCGCCAGUGAGUUCUGCAAAGAAGGAAAAUAUGACCUUGACUUUAAGAACCCUAACAGUGAUCCAAGCAAAUGGCUAACUGCUUCACAAUUGAAGGAUCUGUAUAAAAGCUUCAUUUCAGACUAUCCAAUAGUCUCCAUUGAGGAUGGUUUUGAUCAAGAUGACUGGGAAGGAUGGACUUCAUUUACCGCCGAGACCGAUAUACAAAUUGUUGGUGAUGAUCUCCUUGUUACUAAUCCAAAGCGUAUCUCCACCGCCAUUGAGCGCAAGGCCUGCAACGCGCUGCUGCUCAAAGUGAACCAGAUUGGCUCCGUCACUGAGAGCAUUGAAGCAUGCAACAUGGCCCAGCGUAACGGCUGGGGUGUGAUGGUGAGUCACAGGAGCGGAGAGACUGAGGAUACUUUUAUUGCUGAUCUGGUCGUUGGUUUGUGCACUGGACAGAUCAAGACCGGUGCUCCUUGUCGCUCUGAGAGACUGGCAAAGUAUAACCAGAUCCUACGCAUUGAAGAGGAGCUAGGAGACAAGGCUGUCUUUGCAGGAACUAAGUUCAGGAAUCCACUCAAGUCUUAGACUUUGCUGCUUUAAAAAAACAGUAGCCAUUCAACAUUGUCUAGUGGUACAGUAUAGUGUAUUGCUGAUUAUAAGUAGCAGUUAUGAUAACUUUUAAGCAAAAA